GCGAGUUUUAGAACGCAGCGAAUCAGGUUCGAAAGAGCGACAAUUUAAACCUGAGGGAGAUGCUGGUUUGGUACGUGCUGUUUCAGCGCUGACCUGUUCACUCUACAGACCCACAAACUGAGAUACAGCAGCUCAGACAUGGCUCUCCGCGUCACAAGAAGUACUCGCCUGGCCAGCAGCGAGAACCAGAAUGCUGUUGCUGGAAAAGCAGUAGUUGCAAGCAAGCCUUCACUAAGGCCCAGAAAUGCUCUUGGAGAGAUUGGAAAUGCAGUGCUGCCCCGACAGACCCUGAAGAAAAAGCAGGAUGUGAAGCCUGCUGCUCCUGCAGUGGUUGAGAAGGUGGUUGAGCCUGUUAAGCAGCCAAAGAAAGAAGUUCCUGCAGUUCAAAAUGAGGUUCAGCUUUUGUCUGAGCCUUCCUCCCCUGUGCCUAUGGAAACCUCUGGCUGUGCACCUGAGGAUCUGUGCCAGGCUUUCUCUGAUGUGCUGCUCAAUAUCAAAGAUGUGGAUGCUGAUGACUACGACAAUCCCAUGCUCUGCAGUGAAUAUGUGAAGGACAUCUACAAAUACCUCCGGCAACUUGAGGCUGAUCAGGCUGUCAGGCCAAGGUAUCUGGAAGGAAGGGAAGUCACUGGGAACAUGCGUGCCAUCCUUAUUGACUGGCUUGUCCAGGUCCAAAUCAAGUUUAGGCUGCUGCAGGAGACCAUGUACAUGACUGUGGCAAUCAUUGACCGCUUUCUUCAGGAUCAUCCAGUUCCCAAGAAGAGACUCCAGCUGGUUGGUGUCACUGCCAUGUUCAUUGCUUCCAAGUAUGAGGAAAUGUACCCACCAGAGAUUGCAGACUUUGCCUUUGUGACCGACCGUGCCUACACUACUGCUGAAAUCCGGGACAUGGAGAUGACCAUCCUGAGGGUUCUGAAGUUUAGCUUUGGUAGACCUCUGCCCCUUCAGUUCCUGAGGAGGGCUUCAAAAAUUGGAGAGGUUACUGCAGAGCACCACACCUUGGCUAAAUACUUUGUAGAACUCACCAUGGUGGACUACGACAUGGUGCACUUUGCUCCCUCGCAAGUUGCCAGUGCUGCUUUUGCCCUCAUGCUUAAGGUCUUUAACUGUGGUGAAUGGACCCCAACUCUGCAGUUUUACAUGGGCUAUGCUGAGGACAGCCUGAUUCCAGUGAUGCAGCAUAUUGCCAAAAAUGUGGUAAAGGUCAAUGAAGGGCUCUCAAAACAUCUGGCUGUUAAGAACAAAUACUCCAGUCAGAAGCAGAUGAGGAUUGCCUCCAUCUCACAGCUCAAGUCAUCACUGGUCAAGGACCUUGCAAAGCAAGCUUCCUAGUGGGAUUUUUGAAGAGACUUUAGCACUGUGUGCUGCUUGUAAAUUUGUAACUUAAUUGCAUGCUUUUACAUUUUGCCUUUUACAACUUUUAGUAUGUUCUGAUUUUAAGGUUGUACAUUUUGACCAGGGUUUACUGCUUUAUUUUUUUCACUGCCAUUUGUUUUUGGUAAAUGUAACUGGUUAUGACUACAACUGUGCAAUCCUGUACAUCUUAAAUUUCAAUAAAAUUUUAAUAUUUUA